GGACUUUUGAGUGCUCAGGGGGCCCGUCCGGAAGAAUUUUACACGCAAAUGCCAGCCAGGCAAGGAUGUGCGGAACAGGGUUAAGCACUUCGUUGUCAACUUCACCUUCUUAAACUGUUCUGCAGCCUCUCACUUGAGGAGACGGCUUAUGUGACGGGGCGGCAGGGCCUCCCGGGGAAGAUGGCAGCUCACCUGCGUCUCCUUGAGAAGCCCCCUGUCUGGGCUGCAAAUCAGCCCUGAGUUUCUGCCCAGCGUUCGCCAACCUUGCUGUCUGAAAAGAGUACUGGUGCACACCUAACCUGCCUGGGACUCCCUCCCCUCAGAGACACCCAAACUGGAAUAGAAGAUGAAUGCAACUGAAUUCAGUGAAGAUGUAGAAGAAGUUCUGAAAAAUAACACUGUGAAAGUGGAGACAGAGGCCGAAGAUGCUGCCCUGGACUGCUCAGUGAAUUCCAGGUCCUCCGAGAAGCACGCUCUGGACAGCGUCUUCACUGGCCUCCAGGACUCCAGCAAAAGAAAGCAGCCGGGCGGCGAGGGCCCGCCGGACUCCGUCCCAAGCGUGAAGAGGCGGCGGCUGAUUCCCGAGGCGCUCCUAGCAGGCAUGCGGAACCGGGAGAACGGCUCGCCCUGCCAGGGCAACGGGGAGCAGGCAGGCAGGGGCAAGAGCUCGGGCUCCGCGUGGCCGGGCGAGGAGGAGCCCAGCAACGACGUGACCACGCCCUCCUACAAGAAGCCUUUGUAUGGCAUCUCGCACAAGAUCAUGGAGAAGAAGAACCCUCCCACCGGAGACGCGCUUAACAUGUUCGAGCUCUUCGAGAAGGCGAACCCCAGGAACAGCCCCUCACCACUGCGGCUCCUGAACGAGCCGCAGAAGCGGGACGGCGGCGGCGCCGCGGCAGCCACCGACAGUGACCCCAACAUCUACUUUCUCAUCCAGAAGAUGUUCUACAUGCUCAACACGCUCUCCUCCAACAUGUCGCAGCUGCACAGCAAGGUGGACCUGCUCUCCCUGGAGGUGAGCCGCAUCAAGAAGCAGGUGAGCCCCACCGAGAUGGUAGCCAAGUUCCAGCCGCCCCCCGAGUACCAGCUCACGGCAGCCGAGCUCAAGCAGAUCGUGGACCAGAGCCUGUCGGGCGGCGACCUGGCCUGCCGCCUGCUGGUGCAGCUCUUCCCUGAGCUCUUCAGCGACGUGGACUUCUCCCGGGGCUGCAGCGCCUGCGGCUUUGCGGCCAAGCGGAAGCUGGAGUCGCUGCACCUGCAGCUCAUCCGCAACUACGUGGAGGUCUACUACCCAUCAGUGAAGGACACGGCCGUGUGGCAGGCUGAGUGCCUGCCCCAGCUGAACGACUUCUUCAGCCGCUUCUGGGCCCAACGGGAAAUGGAGGACAGCCAGCCCGGCGGCCAGGUCGCUGGCUUCUUCGAGGCUGAGCAAGUGGACACCAGCCACUUCCUGGACAACAAAGACCAGGAGGAGGCCCUGUCCCUGGACCGGAGCAGUACCAUCGCCUCGGACCACGUGGUGGACACGCAGGACCUAACUGAGUUCCUGGACGAAGCCUCGUCGCCAGGGGAGUUCGCGGUCUUCCUUCUGCACCGGCUCUUCCCCGAGCUCUUCGACCACCGAAAGCUGGGCGAGCAGUACAGCUGCUACGGGGACGGAGGCAAGCAGGAGCUAGACGCACAGAGGCUGCAGAUCAUCCGCAACUACACGGAGAUCUACUUCCCCGACAUGCAGGAGGAGGAGGCCUGGCUGCAGCAGUGCGCCCAGCGCAUCAACGACGAGCUGGAGGGCCUGGGGCUGGACGCGGGCAGCGAGGGCGAGCCCCCGCGGGACGACUGCUACGACUCUUCCAGCCUUCCCGAUGACAUCUCCGUGGUCAAGGUGGAAGACAGCUUCGAGGGCGAGCGGCCCGGCCGGCGGUCCAAGAAGAUCUGGCUGGUGCCCAUCGACUUCGACAAGCUGGAGAUCCCGCAGCCCGACUUCGAGGUGCCUGGCGCCGACUGCCUGCUCAGCAAGGAGCAGCUGCGCAGCAUCUACGAAAGCAGCCUGUCCAUUGGCAACUUUGCCUCACGCCUGCUCGUGCACCUGUUCCCCGAGCUCUUCACCCACGAGAACCUGCGCAAGCAGUACAACUGCAGCGGCUCGCUGGGCAAGAAGCAGCUGGACCCGUCCCGCAUCAAGCUCAUCCGCCACUACGUGCAGCUGCUCUACCCGCGGGCCAAGAAUGACCGCGUCUGGACACUGGAGUUCGUGGGCAAACUGGACGAGCGCUGCCGGCGCCGGGACACGGAGCAGAGGCGCUCCUACCAGCAGCAGCGCAAGGUCCAUGUGCCGGGCCCGGAGUGCAGGGACCUGGCCAGCUAUGCAAUCAACCCCGAGCGGUUCCGGGAGGAAUUUGAGGGGCCCCCGCUGCCCCCCGAAAGGAGCAGCAAGGACUUCUGCAAGAUCCCCCUGGAUGAGCUGGUGGUGCCCUCGCCCGACUUCCCGGUGCCUUCGCCAUACCUGCUGUCAGACAAGGAGGUUCGCGAGAUCGUGCAGCAGAGCCUCUCUGUGGGCAACUUCGCCGCGCGGCUGCUCGUCAGGCUCUUCCCCGAACUCUUCACCGCCGAGAACCUACGGCUGCAGUACAACCACUCCGGGGCGUGCAACAAGAAGCAGCUGGACCCCACGCGGCUGAGGCUCAUCCGCCACUACGUGGAGGCCGUGUACCCGGUGGAGAAGAUGGAGGAGGUGUGGCACUAUGAAUGUAUCCCCAGCAUCGACGAACGGUGCCGCCGCCCCAACAGGAAGAAAUGCGACAUCCUGAAGAAAGCCAAGAAGGUGGAGAAGUGAUGGGCACCGCGGGCACUGAGCGUUCUGCCGGAGCCCGCGACGUGUCCACAGCCGCGCACCUUAUGUCGGCGGGGAGUGGCCUGCUGCACUUGCACACGUGACCGCCCCGCCGGCCACGGCCGCGAGAAAGAAGCCUCGCAUUUGGCCUCUUGUACUUACGACUUUUGUCCUGUGUUCCUGGUGGUACAGCCAGAGUCGGGGGAGGGCCAAGCUGUGAUAGCAGAGAGGCCUCAGGAGUCAGGGUUCCCUCUCCUCGGCAGUGUCCUCCCAGUCCCCUCACAAUUUGAAAUGCAAAUCGAGCAACCCUCUUGGUCCUCUUCCCACGUUUUACAUCUUCCACUUUUAUCAGUUUUUUUUAAGUUAAAAAGAAACCCUUUUUUAAGAAAAUCAUUGGGCUCUGUGGAGGCCAUUUUACUUAGAAAAAAAUCUUUUAAAUAUUUGAGAUGAAGUACUGUAAGAUGAAUUCAGUUGCUGGGAAUUUUUUUUUAAAGACGGUUUCAGAUAAAUGAAAUGUUUAGAAGUGCCAUGAUCAUGUGUGUGGCUAAUUAAUAGCUUCAGGUGGCCAUGAUCAUGCGUGAUGGCUAAUAGCUUCAGGUGUCCAUGAUCAUGCCUGUGGCUAAUAGCUUCAGGUGGCCAUGAUCAUGCCUGUGGCUAAUAGCUUCAGGUGGCCAUGAUCAUGCGUGUGGCUAAUAGCUUCAGGUGGCCAUGAUCAUGCGUGUGGCUAACAGCUUCAGGUGGCACAGAGAUGGAUUUACUGACCUUGUCUUUUACAUUGGAUUUUGGAAGAGUCAGGAUGCCUCUUGGAUGGCGGUGGAGGGGAUGGAAUAGUGCGAUGUCUUUCUGACCAUGGUCAGUCACCUUCUCCCUCCCACUGUGGUACUGAGGAAGGGGCUUAGGGGGCGGCCUGGCCCACAUUGCCGCGCCGGUAGAAUAUUGUGCUCACUCUGUAGACGAGAACACUGGAUGAUGAUGAUGAUGAUGAUGAUGAUGAUGAUGAUAUGAAUGUAGAGAGACGUGGAAACACGUUCACAAUGUCUUCAUUUGAGCUGUGUCCUCCCACUGCCCCCUCUCCUCUCUAGGCAAGGAUGCUGUUGGAGGGGCAAACACAUUACCUUGGAGAAGUGUGUGUGGAUAUCUUGUUUGAUUUAAGGAUGGGCCCCUUUGGGCUCACCAAGAACUGUUUACUUUCCAUGUGUGUAUUUGUACAAAACAAAACCCGGGUUCUGGGAGCUGUAUGGUGACUUCACCACACCUCAGUGUCAGCUCCUCCAGUCAGUACACAUCCUUGUUCCUCAGGGUGGGCCCAAGCCUUGGGCUCUCUUGGGGAUACCUGGUAUUGGAAGGACACAGGCCAUCUCAAAUGGGGCUCCCAUAUCCCUUCCUAGGGUCCACUCAGAGCUUUCCCUCUGGGCCCUCAGAAGGUCCUGCUGUCCUACAUCUGGCUGGUCCCUUGGCCUCGGGAUGAGACACCUCUUUCCUCUCCCCUGGUUGGGAAGGUCACAUUGCUCCAGGCCAGCGGCAUGCUCUCCAGGAUUCCAACCUGGAGGAAACUGCCCAACAGGUAAAGUCCUUAAUAUAAAACAAUACUUUUACCUACCUGACUGUGGGGGCCAGUGCCUAAGGGGGAAAGGAAACAGUCUAACCCAAACACAGUACAUCAUACCAGAAAGCUAGAAAAUGAAUUGAAUCACACAGGGUAGUCCUAAAACCCUUGUGGAAUGUUACAGAUUUAAUAAUCUAAUGGCUUAAUAUUUUGCUACCUUAAAAUGCAGAAAUAAUAGAAACGGUCUAUGACUUUUCUUCAUACAGAUAAGGACUUCAGUUUCAGUGGCUGUAUGACAGAAUUUUGCCUGCACCCAGCGGGCAGUUUUUUUUUUAAUAUGACAAGAUUCUGAGCAGUGUCAAGUUGCUGAUCUAAUUUUAGUAAAUUUGCUUUUAAAUGUCAUUUACAGAUUAUUUCUAUUGAAACUGCAGACCUGAAUUAUUGCAAUUUAGAAAUGCACAGGGACUUAAUAAAUGACUGUCUCCCCACACACCCACAUGUGCACACACACAUUUCUUAGUAGAAAACUGAAGUGAGAGGAAGGGGACCGACAUGAAUAACAAGCUCAACCUCUUUGUGCCUGGAAAGGAGGAGGACUGGAGCAGCCAGAGACUCACUUCCCCCUCUCCUGGGCCUUUCUCUAUGCCUUAGUCUCUCCAGCACAUAAAUGCAUGCCUGCGCGCGCGCACACACCCAAAGACGGCAGUGGCGCUCUCUCACUCACCAGCCCUGUGGGCGCGAGGGUGCCAUGGAAUUUGUUCUGGUCUCUAGGAUGUAUCCAAGAGGAUUCCAAGCCAUGUGAAAACUGCCCUGCUUUCUGGAGGGUGGAAUGUGACCCUGCAACUUCAGAAGCACAAUCAUUUAAUAAUUAAAAAAAAAAAAUCAUCCUAUCUACCCACGAUAGAGACAUCAACAAGGUUCUAGGAACGAACUAUGUCUCUUUAGAACCUAACGCAUGUUCAGUUUUUGGAAACCGUGUUUUGGUGGUUUCCUUAAUACCUUUCCUUGUAGGGCUUCUUCCCCCCAAAUCUUAGAGUCCCUUCCAGUGAAGAGAGGUGGACACACUCUGUGACCUGUUUCUUGUCUCUCUGGACUGACUCAUCAGGAACCGCCUGUGGGUCCCGUGUCUGUCUCUGUGGUGUCCUCAGAGCUCCAGCCAUACAGGUGGGCUCCAGGGGCAGUUUUUUUUACACGAAGCAAUAGAAGUACAAAAUACUAAUUUUUUUUCAAAAUUUAAUGUUUUCCAUAAAAUCUGUUGGCAAAACCCCUUCUCCCUCCGCAUCUAAAUUCUUUGAUUUUUACUUGUUUGCUUUUUUUGGAAUUUCUCCCCCCUCGUGUCCAGAGGACUAAGGAAGUAGCACAGAUACAUUCUGAUGUUGAGUAAAAUAGCAAGUCACAGUAGGUGGUAGUGUCCCUUGUUUUCCUCUGUUAGUAAGUUUUAAAAGAAUGUAUGAAGAUAGUCAUGAAUGUACUAAGUGUUCUAAUCCUGCUUCAGUUCACUUUGGCUGUGUCUACAUGACCACACACGUUUGACAGGGAAUAAAGUCGUGUCCAGUGUCAUGGGUGUUAGUGUGCCCCUUCCCCCUUCAGUGUUGGCUCCAAACCUUCCUUUCUUUUUAAGUUUGGGGGGAGGGGCUCCACCUCUUCAGCAAUCAUCGACCAACCAAUGGGAUCUACUUAGUGGUGAAGGGAUUCGCUGUUUAAAUGCGAAGAGUCACUGGCCUACCCUAGCACAGCAUGGCCACUCGGGUUCCUGCAGAGAUGGCCUCAGUUUUCACCUUUGCCCCCAAAUGUUUACUUCUUGCCUGACUGAGGAGGAGGGUCUCGAGACCCCGGACUGGAGGCCAUUGGGCUCUUACCCUGCCUCGCUGUGUGGAUGGUGAUACGGAGUGGGCAGGGGGCGGGGGCCGAGGGGCUCCGACUGUCACGUGGAGGUACUUGCCUCUUGUAGAUCCAGCCUUAACGUUCUUCUGACAUCCUAGUGACAGCAGACCCUGCACGAAGUGGAUGUCAGAAUUAAUACUGUGAGGAGACAAAAUAAUGAGUAUAGUUUUACCAAAGAUAAUGAAAUAUCGCAUAAUGUCUGCAUUUUACCAUUGAUUUGAGUGCAUCCUUAGAAAACUGAAUGUAACAAAAACCCAGGACAUUUUUGGAAAUUGUAUGCUCUCUAGCAACUUUGUGUGAAUUUUUAUACAAGCACUGUUUUAUGAGUUAUAUAAAA